CCUGAUUUCAUCUCUAUGGUCCAAUGCCCCGGAUGUUGUUGGAGUGGGCUGCGCUUGCGCAAAGCCGCCGAGGGGGGGGGGCAGUUGAGCGGAUAGCUCGCCUCUGACUAGGACCGAGGAGGAAGGAAGAGAGGAGCGGCGGUUGGGGGCGCCGCGAGGCAGCGUCGUCAUCACCGUCAUGUCGACGGCGGGAAGUUUGCUGGAGAAGCCGCAGAUGAUCGCGCACACGCAGCAGAGCCUGGCCUACACCGUCUUCGACUGCAAGUGGGUGCCGUGUAGCGCCCGCUUCGUCUGCCUGGGCAGCUUCCCGCGGGGCACCGGCGUCAUCCAGCUCUACGAACUGCAGGGCGGGCGCCUCAACCUCCUCCGCGAAAUUGAAAAGUCAAAACCUAUUAAAUGUGGAACCUUUAGUGCUUCUUCUUUGCAACAAAGAUAUCUAGCAACAGGAGACUUUGAUGGAAACGUAAAUAUAUGGAAUUUGGAAGCUCCAGAAAUCCCAGUAUAUUCUGUGAAGGGACAUAAAGAAAUCAUAAAUAGUAUUGAUGGUGUUGGUGGCUUAGGAAUUGGGGAAGGAGCACCAGAAAUUGUGACAGGAAGUCGUGAUGGAACUGUGAAGGUGUGGGACCCAAGACAAAAAGACAUUCCAGUUGCCAAUAUGGAACCAGCACCAGGAGAGAGCAGGAGAGACUGCUGGACAGUGGCAUUUGGCAAUGCAUAUAAUCAAGAAGAGCGUGUUGUAUGUGCUGGCUAUGACAAUGGGGAUAUUAAGUUGUUUGACCUUAAGAACAUGGCAUUGCGAUGGGAAACCAACAUUAAGAAUGGGGUUUGCAGUGUUGAAUUUGACAGAAAAGAUAUAAAUAUGAACAAAUUGGUAGCUACAUCCCUUGAAGGAAAGUUUCAUGUUUUUGACAUGAGAACGCAGCAUCCAACUAAAGGUUUUGCUUCCGUUUCAGAAAAGGCUCACAAAUCCACCAUGUGGCAAAUUCGGCACCUUCCACAAAAUAGAGACAUCUUUGUGACUAGUGGAGGAGCUGGAAACCUUCAUCUUUGGAAAUAUGAGUAUCCUGCACUGCGCUCUAAGAAGGAUUCAGAAGGAACUGAGAUGGGAGUCGCAGGUUCAGUUAGCCUUUUGCAGAAUGUGACAUUGUCAACGCAGCCUAUUUCUAGCCUGGAUUGGAGCCCUGACAAAAGUGGUCUCUGCGUCUGUAGUUCAUUUGACCAGACUGUGAGAGUGCUGAUUGUCACUAAACUGAACAGGGUUUGACAGAGGAUCUGUAACAAAGAAAAACUUUCCUUUGCCUUUCAAGCCCUAAGUUCAAUGCAAUUCCACUGUAUGACUUUGUGUCAUGAAAACAAAAUGGGAAGAACAUUGUCGAGGGCUUUAAAAAGUUAUUUUAGAAAUGUAAGAUUCACUUCUAUAAGAUGUGCCUUCCCUUAGCACAUUCAAGUCUGCAUACUGUGUUUGACCCACUUGAGUUGAAAGUACCUUAUGUUCAUGGAUUUUGCGUGCAGUAGUAUCAAUGUCUUGUCCCUCCUUAAAGUGUGUUUAUCUGUGUUUUAUAUUUGUCUGUUCUCACAUGACUGUACAGUAGUUUUACGACCUUAGCAAUCAUAUGUUCAGAGCCAGCAAAUUUUGGGCUUUUAAUUUAUUAUAUGUGUUAAUAUGUUUAUUAAUAUGGCCUGGAUUGCAUUUAGUGUGUAUUUUAAAAUGUAACAACUCUCUUUAAUGGAAUAAAGGUUUACUAUUUGUA